AAAAAAUGAAGAAAUAUUUAUUUAUUUAUUUAUUUCCAUUAGUGGUUUUCUUUAUUUUUGUAAAGUGGGUUUCAAUUUUCAAAGUUCAAACUAGGUGGGUUAAAAGAAAGUUGAAAAGUUAAUUCUUUUAUUCUCUGAAUAUUCAUGUUCUAAAAUUUGCUGUUUUUUUUUUUUGCACAUAAAUUAUAGAGAAAGAAGGAGAUUACAAGAAAAGAACAAAACCCUUAAUUUUCUAUUUGUUUAUCAACAAUUUUACCCAUCUGGGUUUUAUUGUAAAGAUCCAAUUUUUGCGCUUUGAUAAGGUUUGUAAUUUGUUUUUCAUUUAAUUUUGGUAAUUCCAUUUAAAAGAUGGGUUCUUGAUUUGCUUUUUUUUUUGAAUUGCAUGUCUAUUGAGUGUUGUUCAUGUUGGAAAUUCAAUUUUUUUAAAAUUUUUUUUUGAUCUAUGGUUUAACAUAUAAUCUUGUUGAGAAUAUAUUAGGUUUACCAAUUGUUGUUUUCAAUUCUUUUUUGGGUAAUUGUUUGAGUAUUUAAAACCAUUGAUCAAUUUUGGGUUAUCCAUUUUGGGGUUCUUUGAAUUGAAUUAGAUAAUGUGUGGACUGUAUUUGUUUGAGCAAGGGUCUAUCCGGCCGCAACCUCCUUUGCUAAGGGUAUGGUUUGUCGUCUUUCUUCCCUCACCUAACCACAGAUUUUACAGUGGGAAAUACCGGGUAUGAUGAUAUGGAUCAGUUUAACAUGAUUCCCAAGCUAAUUCGCUUUUUGAAUUUGUCAUUCGCUCAAGUUUGCCCAAGAAUAGCCCAAAACCGACCAUAUUCACUUUUUUCGAUUCUGAUUCAGAAGGAGAUGUGGAUUGUAAUGUUCCAAUUAUUGCAUAUAGUUAUAAACAUAUUGGUUAUUUUGAUGCAGAUUGGUGUACAUAUAUUUGAGGGGAUUUAUUCUAUUCUGAUUGUUGCAAUUGAAGGGUAAUAAUGAUGUCAAAAUCAUAUGCAAAUUUGUUAGACUUAAUGAAUGGGGAUAUGCCACCCCAAAUGAAAUGGGAAAAUAGGAAGAGGCUAAGUAGAAUAAUGACAGUACCAGGAAAUGUUAGUGAACUUGAUACUGAGAGAACUAAAAGUGUUUCAUCAGAUAAUCCAUCAACUAUUGUUCAAGAUAGAAUGAUAAUUGUAGCUAAUACAUUACCCAUAAUUGCGAGCCGGGGAUUAGAUGGUACCGGGUGGAUAUUUAGUUGGGACGAGGAUUCUUUGCUCUUACAACUUAAGGAUGGUUUACCUGAUGAGAUGGAAGUAAUAUAUGUCGGUUCACUUCGAGAAAAUGUAGAUAAAAGUGAACAAGAUAAUGUGUCACAAAUUCUUUUUAGGAGCUUUAAGUGUGUUCCUACGUUUAUCGAACCCGAUUUGUUGGAUCGGUAUUACAAUGGGUUUUGUAAGAAGCAGUUGUGGCCACUUUUUCACUAUAAGCUUCCAUUUUCAGCUGUUAAUGGUGAACGGUUUGAUAAAUUGUUGUGGGAGGAUUAUGUGUCUGUAAAUAGAUUGUUUGCACAGAAGGUUAUUGAGGUUCUUCAACCCGAGGAUGAUUAUAUUUGGAUACAUGAUUAUCAUUUGAUGGCUAUGCCUUCUUUUCUUAGAAGGCGUUUUAGUCGAAUAAGAAUGGGGUUUUUUCUCCAUAGCCCUUUUCCGUCUUCUGAGAUUUAUCGUGCACUUCCUGUUCGAGAGGAAAUCAUUAGGGCUUUGCUUAAUACAGAUUUGAUUGGUUUCCAUACAUUUGAUUAUGCCCGACAUUUCCUCUCGUGUUGUAGUCGUAUGUUGGGUCUGGAAUAUGAGUCGAAGAGGGGUUAUUUAGGGUUGGAAUAUCAUGGAAGAAUUGUUGGUAUAAAGAUCAUGCCUGUCGGGAUUCAUAUGGGUCGGAUCAAGUCAGCUAUAAGGCUUUCAGAUCAGGAGCUGAAGAUUGCUGAACUGAAGCAUAAAUUUGAUGGUAUGACGGUUUUACUUGGGGCUGACGACAUGGAUUUGUUCCAAGGAAUUGAUUUGAAGCUUCUUGCUAUGGAGCAGAUGCUUAAGAAGCAGCCUAAAUGGCGGGGUAAGGCUGUGUUGGUUCAGAUUGUAAACCCGGCACAAACCGCAGGAAGCGAUAUUGAGGAGAUCCAGUCCGAAAUAGACCAGAUUUGUUUGAGGAUAAAUAAGGAAUUUGGACAACCUGGAUAUGAACCCGUGGUUUUGAUUCAUCGGCCAGUUUCUUUGACCGAGCGGAUUGCUUAUUUCACCAUUGCAGAAUGUGUUGUUGUCACAGCUGUUCGAGACGGUUUAAACCUUACACCGUACGAGUAUAUAGUGUGCAGAGAGGGGAUAUCAGACGCAGAGUCUAGCUAUAAGAAUGUUAGUUUGAAAAAGAGUAUGCUUGUGAUCUCGGAAUUUAUCGGGUGCUCUCCUUCUCUUAGUGGAGCUAUUCGGAUAAAUCCAUGGGACGUUGAGGCUACCGGCGAGGGCAUGAAUGAGGCUAUCUCGGUAAGAGACUCGGAUAAAGAACUGCGUCAUGAGAAGCAUUACCGAUAUGUUGAAGCACAUAAUGUGGCGUAUUGGUCAAAAAGCUUUUUGCAAGAUUUGGAAAGAACUUGUUCCGAGCAUUCUCAGAGAAGAUACUGGUGUACUGGUUUCGGUUUUGGGUUUAGGGUUAUUUCUAUUGAUCCUAAUUUCCGAAAGCUUUCUAUAGAUGCUAUUGCAUCGGCUUAUAGAAAUUCACAAAAUAGGGCGAUUCUUUUUGAUUAUGAUGGAACUCUAAUGCCUCAAAAUUGCCUUAGCAAGAUUCCGAGUCUUGAAAUUAUUAGAAUUUUAAGGACUCUAUGUGCUGAUCCUAGAAAUACAGUCUUUAUUGUUAGUGGAAGAGGGAAGGAUAGCUUGAGUAAUUGGUUUUCGUCUUGCGAGAAGCUCGGUAUUGCUGCGGAGCAUGGCUAUUUCUUAAGAUGGCCCGAGAGUAAGGAAUGGGAAACGUGUGGUCAAAGUUCUGACUUUACAUGGAUGGAGAUUACUGAGCCUGUAAUGAAGUUGUACACUGACUCGACUGAUGGUUCAAUAAUAGAAUACAAGGAGAGUGCUCUUGUUUGGCAUUAUCAAGAUGCAGAUCCAGUCUUCGGAUCUGCUCAGGCCAAAGAGAUGCUAGAUCAUCUCGAAAGUGUUUUAGCCAAUGAACCUGUGGCUGUCAAGAAGGGUGAGCUCAUUGUCGAAGUAAAGCCUCAGGGAGUGACUAAAGGUAUGGUUGCGGAGAAAGUGUUCAUGUCGAUGGGGAAGAAAGGGAAGACAGCCGAUUUUGUGCUGUGUAUAGGGGAUGAUAGAUCGGACGAGGACAUGUUCGAGAUAGUGGACACAGCAGUUUCAAGAGACAUGUUGUGUUCAAAUGCAUCAGUGUUUGCUUGUACAGUUGGUCAAAAGCCUAGCAAGGCUCAAUUUUUUGUGAAUGAUACUUCUGAAGUUAGACUUGUGCUUCAAUCUCUUGCUGAGUUUUCUGAGCUUUCAAACUCUUAAUAAAAUUGUCUAUACAUUUAUGUUCC